GGCAGCCGCUGGGCUUCUCCCCUUCCUCCGCACCAUGGGGGUCGGCCGCAGGGAGGUGGCUACUCUCUGGGCCCUGGCCCUGGCCCUGGCCUGCGCCCAGCACCCAGGCGGGGCCCUGCACAGACCCUCGGAGCCUGGCGAGGGGCAGCGCCCAGUCUCUGCCAUCCCCUGGGCACCCGGCGGCGACCCACUCCUCGGGGCGACCGUCCUCCCGCCUCUGAAGACGGCCGCCGUGGUGCGAGCCCUGAACCCGGCCCACAACGGGCGGGUCUGCAGCACCUGGGGCGACUUCCACUUCAAGACCUUCGACGGCGACGUCUUCCGCUUCCCCGGCCGCUGCAACUACGUCUUCUCCUCACACUGCGGGGCCGCCUACGAGGACUUCAACGUGCAGCUCCGCCGCGGCGGGGAGCCCAGCGCCACCACGCUGAGCAAGGUCACCAUGAAGCUCAACGGCUUGGUCCUCGAGCUGACCAAGGGCUCCGUCCUGGUCAAUGGCCGCCCGACCCAGCUGCCCUUCAGCCAGUCCGGCGUCCUCCUGGAGCACAGCGCCAACUACCUGAAGGUGUCCGCCAGGCUGGGCCUGGUCUUCAUGUGGAACCAGGACGACAGCCUCCUGCUCGAGCUGGACCCCAAGUUCGCCAACCAGACCUGCGGGCUCUGCGGGGACUUCAACGGCGUCCCCAUCUUCAACGAGCUCAUCUCCCACGGCGUCAGGCUGAGCCCCGUGGAGUUCGGGAGCCUGCAGAAGAUGGACGGCCCCACGGAGCAGUGUCAGGACCCCGCCCCCGACCCGGAGCCCACGACGGGCUGCUCCACUGGCCUGGGCCUCUGCGAGGAGCUGCUGCUCAGCGAGCGGUUCCUGGGCUGCCGCCCCCUGGUGGACGCCAGCAGCUACGUGCAGGCCUGCCAGCAGGACCUCUGCCUCUGCCGCGAAGCCGCCGACCUCGCCAGCUGCGCCUGCCACACGCUCGCCGAGUACUCCCGCCAGUGCGCCCACGCCGGGGGGCUGCCCCUGGACUGGCGGGGCCCGGGCCUCUGCCCUCAGACGUGCCCCCUCAACAUGCAGUACCGAGAGUGCGGCUCGCCCUGCGCCGACACCUGCUCCAACCUGGAGCACUCCCAGGCCUGCGAGGACCACUGCGUGGCCGGCUGCUUCUGCCCGGAGGGGAUGGUGCUUGACGACAUCGGCCAGACGGGCUGCGUCCCCGUGUCUCAGUGUCCCUGUACGCACAACGGCGCCACCUACGCGCCGGGGGCCGUCUACUCCACAGACUGCAGCAACUGCACCUGCUCUGGAGGCCGGUGGAGCUGCCGGGAGGUUCCGUGCCCCGGCACCUGCUCGGUGCUGGGAGGCGCCCACUUCUCCACGUUCGACGAGAAGCCCUACACGGUGCACGGGGACUGCAGCUACGUGCUGGCCAAGCCCUGCAAUGGCAGCGCCUUCACCGUGCUGGCCGAGCUGCGCAGGUGCGGGCUGACAGACAGCGAGACCUGCCUGAGGAGCCUGACCCUGAGCCUGCGCGCGGGGCGGACGGUCGUCACGGUCCAGGCCGGCGGGGAGGUGUUUGUGGACCAGGUCUACGCGCAGCUGCCCGUCUCGACAGCCAACAUCACGGUCUUCAGACCCUCGACCUUCUUCAUCAUCGCCCAGACCAACCUGGGCCUGCAGGUGGACGUGCAGCUGGUGCCCACCAUGCAGGUCUUCCUGAGGCUGGCGCCCGAGCUCCGGGGGCUGACCUGCGGUCUCUGCGGGAACUUCAACCAGAACCAGGCCGACGACUUCCGGACCCUCAGCGGCGUGGUGGAGGGCACGGCCGCCGCCUUCGCCAACACCUGGAAGACGCAGGCCGCCUGCCCCAACGUCCGGAACAGCUUCGAGGACCCCUGUGCCCUCAGCGUGGAGAACGAGAAGUACGCGCAGCACUGGUGCUCUCGGCUGACGGACCCGCAAGGCCCCUUCGCCCGGUGCCACGCCGCCGUGAGCCCCGGCACCUACUACUCGCACUGCCUGUUCGACACCUGCAACUGCGAGAGGAGCGAGGACUGCCUGUGCGCCGCCCUGGCCUCCUACGUCCGCGCAUGCGCCGCCCGGGGCGUGCCGCUCAGCGGCUGGAGGGCCGGCGUCUGCACAAAGGCCAUGGAAAACUGUCCCAAGUCGAUGACCUACCAGGAGCACAUCAGCACCUGCCAGCCCACCUGCCGGGCCCUGAGCAACGAGGACCCCACCUGUGGCAUAAGCUUCGUGCCCGUGGACGGCUGCACCUGCCCCCACGGCACCUUCCUGGACGACAAGGGCAAGUGUGUGCCCGCCGCCAGCUGUCCCUGUUACCUCGGCGCCUCGGUGAUCCCCAGCGGGGAGUCUGUGCACCAGCAAGGGGCUGUCUGCACCUGCACUAAGGGCACACUGACCUGCAUCGGAGGCCACACCCCUGACCCAGUCUGCGCCCCGCCCAUGGUCUACGCCGACUGCCGCAACGCCUCGGCCGGCGCCACCGGGGCCGGCUGCCAGAAGAGCUGCCACACCCUGGACAUGGACUGUUACAGCCCCCAGUGCGUGCCCGGCUGCGUGUGUCCUGACGGGCUGGUGGCCGACGGCGAGGGUGGCUGCAUCGCUGCGGCUGACUGCCCCUGCAUGCACAACGAGGCCAGCUACCAGGCCGGCCAGACCAUCCGGGUGGGCUGCAACACCUGCACCUGUCAGAACCGGAUGUGGCAGUGCACGGACGAGCCCUGCCUGGCCACCUGCGCCGUGUACGGGGACGGCCACUACCUCACCUUCGAUGGGCAGCGCUAUAGCUUCAGCGGGAACUGCGAGUACACGCUGGUCCAGGACCACUGCGGAGGGAACGGCAGCUCCCAGGACGCCUUCCGCGUUGUCACCGAGAACGUCCCCUGCGGCACCACGGGGACCACCUGCUCCAAGGCCAUCAAGAUCUUCCUGGGGAGCUACGAGCUGAAGCUGAGCGAGGGGAAAGUGGAGGUGAUCCAGAAGGCCGCGGGCCAGGAGGCGCCCUACGCCAUCCGCCAGGUGGGCAUCUACCUGGUGGUGGACACCGAGGCCGGCCUGGUGCUGCUGUGGGACAAGAAGACCAGCAUCUUCCUCAGACUCAGCCCCGAGUUCAAGGGGAGGGUCUGCGGGCUGUGCGGGAACUUCGACGACAACGCCCUCAACGACUUCACCACGCGGAGCCAGUCGGUGGCGGGCGACGCCCUGGAGUUCGGCAACAGCUGGAAGUUCUCCCCGUCCUGCCCGGACGCCCCGGCGCCCAGGGACCCCUGCACCGCCAACCCCUACCGCAAGUCCUGGGCGCAGAAGCAGUGCAGCGUCCUCAACGGCGCCGUCUUCCAGGCGUGCCACGCCCACGUCGACCCCACCAAGUACUACGAGGCCUGCGUGAGCGACGCGUGCGCCUGCGACGCGGGCGGCGACUGCGAGUGCUUCUGCACGGCCGUGGCCGCCUACGCCCAGGCCUGCCACGAGGUGGGCGUGUGCGUGUCCUGGCGCACCCCCGACGUCUGCCCCCUGUUCUGCGACUACUACAACCCCGAGGGCCAGUGCGAGUGGCACUACCAGCCCUGCGGGGCGCCCUGCCUGCGCACCUGCCGGAACCCCAGUGGACGCUGCCUGCAUGACACCCAGGGCCUGGAAGGCUGCUAUCCCCAGUGCCCCGCGGAGGCCCCCAUCUUCGAUGAGGACAACAUGCAGUGCGUGGCCGCGUGCCCGUCCCCACCCCCGCCGCUGCCCUGCCAGGUCCAGGGCAAGUCGUACGGGCCGGGCGCGGCAGUGCCCUCGGACAAGAACUGCUACUCCUGCGUCUGCACCGAGAGCGGCGUGCAGUGCACCUACAAUGCCGAGGCCUGUGUCUGCACCUAUGGUGGGCGCCACUUCCGUCCGGGGGACGUCAUCUACCACACGACGGACGGCACCGGGGGCUGCAUCUCCGCCCGCUGCGGGGCCAACGGCACCAUCGAGAGGAGCGUCCACCCCUGCGGCCCCAGCACCCCCGCCCCCACCACCACCUUCUCCUUUUCCACGCCGCCCAUCGCCACGAGCUCCCCAGGCCGGCCCCGCACGCGCCCCAGCCCCGCCACGAGCCCGGCGCCCACGGGCACUCCGAGCAGACCCCCACCCACCGCCCCAGGCACGUCCCCCAGGCCGCAGCCCUCGGCGGCCUCUGUCAGCCCCCACCCCGGCUGCGGGGAGGACUGCCAGUGGUCACCAUGGCUGGACGUCAGCCGACCCGGACGGGGCAUCGACAGCGGGGACUUCGACACGCUGGACAACCUGCGGGCCCACGGGUACCCCGUCUGCCGAGCGCCGAGGGCGGUGGAGUGCCGCACGGAGGACGCCCCCGAGGCGUCGCUCCGGGCCCCGGGGCCCCGCGUGGAGUGCACGCCGACGGUGGGGCUGACCUGCUACAACAGGGACCAGGUUUCAGGGCUCUGCGACAACUACCAGAUCAGGGUCCUGUGCUGCACUCCCCAGGCCUGCCCCACCUCCAGUGGCCCGGCCCCCACCACCUCCCGCACGGCCCCCAGCACCCCCACACCUGCGAGAACAACCCCCUCCACCCCCAGCACAGUGCCCGCUUCCGCGGCCGCUAGGACGCCACCCUCGGGCUCCAGCGCCGCGCCGGAGCCCAGCCAGGUCUCCUGCGUGCAGGAGUUCUGCAGCUGGACCGGCUGGAUCGAUGGCAGCUACCCCGAGGCCAGUAUUGAGGGUGGAGAUUUCGACACUUUUCAGAACCUGAGAUCCGAGGGCUAUAAGUUCUGUGAGAGGCCCAGACGGGUGGAGUGCCGGGCGGUGAGCUUCCCGCACACGCCGCUGGCGGAGCUGGGGCAGGUCGUGCUCUGCAACAGCAGCGUGGGCCUGGUGUGCCGGAACCGCGACCAGCUGCCCCCCAUCUGCUACAACUACGAGAUCCGUAUCCAGUGCUGCCAGUGGGUGGAUGUGUGCAGAGAAAGGACCACCCCGCUGACCUCGGAGGCCACGCGCUCGACUCCACACGAAGCCAGAACCCGGUCAGAGGCCGCUCGGACCACUGGAACCCUGGUGGUGUCCACACAGCACAGGAGUGACAGCUCAGCAGACACAGGCACUGCCAGCACACACGUCACACCACCCGGGACCACCUCCUGCCAGCCACAGUGCAGGUGGACCAAGUGGUUCGACGUGGACUACCCAUCCCCAGGGCCCCACGGAGGGGACCUGGAAACCUACAGCAACAUCGUCAGGAGUGGGCAGAAGAUCUGCCGCAGGCCAGAGGACGUCACGCAGCUGGAGUGCCGCGCCGAGAACCACCCCGAGGUCAGCAUCGAGAGUGUGGGCCAGGUGGUGCGGUGCAGCCCCGACAUGGGCCUGGUGUGCCACAACCGGGACCAGCAGGGCCCCUUCAAGAUGUGCCUCAACUACGAGAUCCGAGUGCUGUGCUGUGAGCCCCGAGAAGGCUGCCCCACCUACCAACCUGUCACAGUGCCGAGGACCCCAAGUGUGAGUGUGUCUAGCACAACUGACACCACUUCCCAUGUGGUCACAACCAGGACAACCCCUGUGCCAAAAACCAGCACAACCCCUGUGCCAGAAACCACCACAACCCCUGUGCCCCAAACCAGCACAACCCCUGUGCCCCAAACCAGGACAACCCCUGUGCCAGAAACCACCACAACCCCUGUGCCAGAGCCCAGGACAACCCCUGUGCCAGAACCCAGGACAACCGCUGUGCCAGAACCCACCACAACCCCUGUGCCAGAAACCACCACAACCGCUGUGCCAGAAACCAGCACAACCCCUGUGCCAGAAACCACCACAACCCCUGUGCCAGAACCCAGGACAACCCCUGUGCCAGAAACCACCACAACCGCUGUGCCAGAACCCAGGACAACCGCUGUGCCAGAAACCACCACAACCCCUGUGCCAGAACCCAGGACAACCGCUGUGCCAGAAACCACCACAACCCCUGUGCCAGAACCCAGGACAACCCCUGUGCCAGAAACCACCACAACCCCUGUGCCAGAAACCACCACAACCCCUGCGCCAGAAACCACCACAACCCUUGUGCCAGAAACCAGCACAACCCCUGUGCCAGAAACCACCACAACCCCUGUGCCCCAAACCAGCACAACCGCUGUGCCAGAGCCCAGGACAACCCCUGUGCCAGAACCCAGGACAACCGCUGUGCCAGAAACCACCACAACCCCUGUGCCAGAACCCAGGACAACCGCUGUGCCAGAAACCACCACAACCCCUGUGCCAGAACCCAGGACAACCGCUGUGCCAGAAACCACCACAACCCCUAUGCCAGAAACCACCACAACCCCUGUGCCCGAAACCAGCACAACCCCUGUGCCAGAAACCACCACAACCCCUGUGCCCCAAACCAGCACAACCCCUGUGCCCCAAACCAGGACAACCCCUGUGCCAGAAACCACCACAACCCCUGUGCCAGAGCCCAGGACAACCCCUGUGCCAGAACCCAGGACAACCGCUGUGCCAGAACCCACCACAACCCCUGUGCCAGAACCCAGGACAACCCCUGUGCCAGAAACCACCACAACCGCUGUGCCAGAAACCAGCACAACCCCUGCGCCAGAAACCACCACAACCCCUGUGCCCCAAACCAGCACAACCCCUGUGCCAGAAACCACCACAACCCCUGUGCCCCAAACCAGCACAACCGCUGUGCCAGAGCCCAGGACAACCCCUGUGCCAGAACCCAGGACAACCGCUGUGCCAGAAACCACCACAACCCCUGUGCCAGAACCCAGGACAACCGCUGUGCCAGAAACCACCACAACCCCUAUGCCAGAAACCACCACAACCCCUGUGCCCCAAACCAGCACAACCCCUGUGCCAGAAACCACCACAACCCCCAGGACAACCCCUGUGCCAGAACCCAGGACAACCCCUGUGCCAGAACCCACCACAACCCAUGUGCCAGAACCCAGGACAACUGCUGUGCCAGAAACCACCACAGCCCCUGUGCCAGAACCCAGGACAACCCUUGUGCCAGAAACCACCACAACCCCUGUGCCAGAACCCAGGACAACCCCUGUGCCAGAACCCACCACAACCCAUGUGCCAGAACCCAGGACAACUGCUGUGCCAGAAACCACCACAGCCCCUGUGCCAGAACCCAGGACAACCCUUGUGCCCCAAACCAGCACAACCCCUGUGCCAGAACCCAGCUCAACCUCAGCUCCUGCACCCGCUACCACCCACUCCACACCCAGGACCACCUCCUGCCAGCCACGGUGCAGGUGGACCAAGUGGUUCGACGUGGACUACCCAUCCCCAGGGCCCCACGGAGGGGACCUGGAAACCUACAGCAACAUCGUCAGGAGCGGGGAGAAGAUCUGCCGCAGGCCAGAGGAUGUCACGCAGCUGGAGUGCCGCGCCGAGAACCACCCCGAGGUCAGCAUCGAGAGUGUGGGCCAGGUGGUGCGGUGCAGCCCCGACGUGGGCCUGGUGUGCCGCAACCGGGACCAGGGGGGCCCCUUCAAGAUAUGCCUCAACUACGAGAUCCGCGUGCUGUGCUGUGAGCCCCGAGAAGGCUGCCCCACCUACCAACCUGUCACAGUGCCGAGGACCCCAAGUGUGAGUGUGUCUAGCACAACUGACACCACUUCCCAUGUGGUCACAACCAGGACAACCCCUGUGCCAAAACCCAGGACAAGACCUGUGCCAGAAACCAGCACAACCCCUGUGCCAGAACCCACCACAACCCCUAUGCCAGAAACCACCACAACCCCUGUGCCCCAAACCAGCACAACCCCUGUGUCCCAAACCAGCACAACCCCUGUGCCAGCACCCACCACAACCCCUGUGCCAGAAACCACCACAACCCCUGUGCCCCAAACCAGCACAACCCCUGUGCCAGCACCCACCACAACCCCUGUGCCAGAAACCACCACAACCCCUGUGCCCCAAACCAGCACAACCCCUGUGCCAGAAACCACCACAACCCCUGUGCCAGCACCCACGCCGACCCCCGUGCCCCAAACCAGCACAACCCCUGUGCCAGAAACCACCACAACACCUGUGCCCCAAACCAGGACAACCGCUGUGCCAGAAACCACCACAACCCCUGUGCCAGAACCCAGCUCAACCUCAGCUCCUGCACCCGCUACCACCCACUCCACACCCAGGACCACCUCCUGCCAGCCACGGUGCAGGUGGACCAAGUGGUUCGACGUGGACUACCCAUCCCCAGGGCCCCACGGAGGGGACCUGGAAACCUACAGCAACAUCGUCAGGAGCGGGGAGAAGAUCUGCCGCAGGCCAGAGGACGUCACGCAGCUGGAGUGCCGCGCCGAGAACCACCCCGAGGUCAGCAUCGAGAGUGUGGGCCAGGUGGUGCGGUGCAGCCCCGACGUGGGCCUGGUGUGCCACAACCGGGACCAGCGGGGCCCCUUCAAGAUGUGCCUCAACUACGAGAUCCGAGUGCUGUGCUGUGAGCCCCGAGAAGGCUGCCCCACCUACCAACCUGUCACAGUGCCAAGGACCCCAAGUGUGAGUGUGUCUAGCACAACUGACACCACUUCCCAUGUGGUCACAACCAGGACAACCCCUGUGCCAGCACCCACCACAACCCCUGUGCCAGAAACCAGCACAACCCCUGUGCCAGCACCCACCACAACCCCUGUGCCAGAAACCACCACAACCCCUGUGCCAGAACCCAGGACAACCACUGUGCCAGAAACCACCACAACCCCUGUGCCAGAACCCAGGACAACCCUUGUGCCAGAAACCACCACAACCCCUGUGCCAAAACCCAGCUCAACCUCAGCUCCUGCACCCACUACCACCCACUCCACACCCAGGACCACCUCCUGCCAGCCACGGUGCAGGUGGACCAAAUGGUUCGACGUGGACUACCCAUCCCCAGGGCCCCACGGAGGGGACCUGGAAACCUACAGCAACAUCGUCAGGAGCGGGGAGAAGAUCUGCCGCAGGCCAGAGGACGUCACGCAGCUGGAGUGCCGCGCCGAGAACCACCCCGAGGUCAGCAUCGAGAGUGUGGGCCAGGUGGUGCGGUGCAGCCCCGACGUGGGCCUGGUGUGCCACAACCGGGACCAGCGGGGCCCCUUCAAGAUGUGCCUCAACUACGAGAUCCGAGUGCUGUGCUGUGAGCCCCGAGAAGGCUGCCCCACCUACCAACCUGUCACAGUGCCGAGGACCCCAAGUGUGAGUGUGUCUAGCACAACUGACACCACUUCCCAUGUGGUCACAACCAGGACAACCCCUGUGCCAGCACCCACCACAACCCCUGUGCCAGCACCCACCACAACCCCUGUGCCAGAAACCACCACAACCCCUGUGCCAGAACCCAGGACAACCACUGUGCCAGAAACCACCACAACCCCUGUGCCAGAACCCAGGACAACCCUUGUUCCAGAAACCACCACAACCCCUGUGCCAAAACCCAGCUCAACCUCAGCUCCUGCACCCGCUACCACCCACUCCACACCCAGGACCACCUCCUGCCAGCCACGGUGCAGGUGGACCAAGUGGUUCGACGUGGACUACCCGUCCCCGGGGCCCCACGGAGGGGACCUGGAAACCUACAGCAACAUCGUCAGGAGCGAGGAGAAGAUCUGCCGCAGGCCAGAGGACGUCACGCAGCUGGAGUGCCGCGCCGAGAACCACCCCGAGGUCAGCAUCGAGAGUGUGGGCCAGGUGGUGCGGUGCAGCCCCGACGUGGGCCUGGUGUGCCGCAACCGGGACCAGCGGGGCCCCUUCAAGAUGUGCCUCAACUACGAGAUCCGCGUGCUGUGCUGUGAGCCCCCGGAAGGCUGCCCUGUGACCUCUGGGGCCCCCUAUACGACUUCAUCUUUGACGUCCCCGGGCACCUCAGAGCGGACCUCCAGGGUUCGUACAGUGACCACCCUCAGCCCGUCUGCUCCACCCCCCACGACGUGCUACUGCAGCGUGUCCGACAAGCUCUACCCUGCCGGGUCCAUUAUAUACCAGGAGGCGGACCUCACUGGACACUGCUACUACGCUGUGUGCAGCCUGGACUGCCACGUGGUGCGGCAGACUGACCACGCCUGCCCCACCAGUGCCGGGCCGCCCACGCCCACGCCGGAGCCCGCGACCUCGACGCCUGGCUCCUCCCCUUCGGCCCCCGUGCCUGUCACCACACACGGAUGUCCCAGUGCAGUCCCCCCAAGAACGAGAGGCGAGACCUGGGCCAUGCCCAACUGCUCUCAGGCCACCUGCGAGGGCAACAACGUCAUCACCGUGCAGCCGCGCCCGUGCCCUCAGGUGCAGGAGCCCACCUGCGCCAACGGCUACCCUGCCCUGAAGGUGGCGGAUGAGGACGGCUGCUGCCAGCACUACCAGUGCCAGUGCGUGUGCAGCGGCUGGGGCGACCCGCACUACGUCACCUUUGACGGCACCUACUACACCUUCCUGGACAACUGCACCUACGUGCUGGUGCAGCAGAUCGUGCCCGUGUACGGCCACUUCCGCGUGCUCAUCGACAACUACUUCUGCGACUCCGAGGACGGGCUGUCCUGCCCGCAGUCCAUCAUCGUCGAGUACCGGCAGGACCGCGUCGUGCUGACCCGCAGGCCCGUCCGCGGGGUGAUGACCAAUGAGAUCAUCUUCAACGGCGAGGUGGUCCGGCCGGGCUUCGGGAGGGGCGGCAUCCUGGUGUCCCAGAUCGGCAUCAAGAUGUACGUGAGCAUCCCGGAGAUCGGCGUCCGGGUCAUGUUCAGCGGCCUGAUCUUCUCCGUGGAGGUGCCCUUCAGCAAGUUCACCAACAACACCGAGGGGCAGUGCGGCACCUGCACGGACAACCCGAGGGACGAGUGCCGUCUCCCCGGGGGGGCGGUGGUGGCCUCCUGCUCCGACAUGUCCUGGCACUGGAAGGUGACCAACCCCGACCAGCCGUCCUGCCUCGGGCCGCCCCCGACACCCCCUGCAGGCAGGCCCACAACCUCGCCGCCCGCCCCCUGCCCGCCCUCGCCCGUGUGCCAGCUGAUUCUGAGCGACGUCUUCGAGCCGUGCCACGCCGUGAUCCCCCCGAGGCCGUACUACGAAGGCUGUGAGUUCGACUGGUGCCACGUGGCCAAGCAGGAUGUGGCGUGCUCCGGCCUGGAGCUGUACGCCUCGCUGUGCGCGGCCCAGGGCGUGUGCAUCGACUGGAGGGGCCGGACCAACCACACCUGCCCCUUCACCUGCCCUGCCGACAAGGAGUACCGGCCCUGCGGCCCCUCCAACCCCUCCUACUGCUAUGGGGGCAAUGGCGGCGCCAGCCUCGUGGCCCUCCAGGACAUCAGCCCCAUCACGGAAGGCUGCUUCUGUCCGGAGGACAUGAUGCUUUUCAGCGCGAGCACGGAAGUCUGCGUGCCUGCAGGCUGCCCCAGGUGCCUGGGGCCCAGAGGGGAGCCUGUGGAGCUGGGCCGCACGGUCACCUUCGACUGCCAGGAGUGCACCUGCGAGAAUGGCACCUGGACCCUGAGCUGCCGGCGCCAGCCCUGCCCCCUGCCCCCCGCCUGCCCUGAGCCCGGCUUUGUGCCUGUGCCCGUGGCCCCCCAGGCCGGCCAGUGCUGUCCCCAGUACACCUGCGCAUGCAAUGCCAGCCACUGCCCCGCGCUCGCGGGCUGCCCCGAGGGCACCCUCCAGACCGUGUACCAUGAGGACGGGGCCUGCUGCCUGAGCCAGAAAUGUGGCUGGACCGUCUGCAGCGUGAACGGCACCUUGUACCAGCCCGGCGCCGUGGUCUCCUCGAGCCUCUGCCAGACCUGCCGCUGCGAGGUGCCCAGCGGCCCCCCGGCCGACGCCUUCACCAUCAGCUGUGAGACGGAGACCUGCAGCACCCACUGCCCCAUGGGCUUCGAGUACCGGGCGCAGAGCGGGCGCUGCUGCGGGUCCUGCGUGCAGGUGGCCUGCGUCAUGAACGCCAGCGACGGCUCCGCCCACCUCUUCCACGCCGGUGAGUCCUGGUCGGACUCCGGGAACCGCUGUGUGACCCACCAGUGUGACAAGCACCAGGACGGGCUCGUGGUGGUGACCACGAAGACGACAUGCCCCUCGCUCACCUGCCCGGCGGACCAGGCUCGGCUGAGUGAGGAUGGCUGCUGCCGCGUCUGUCCCGAACCCCAAACCCAGAACAGGUCCACCUGUGCUGUCCACCACAAGCCGGAGGUCAUCCGCGUGCAGGGCUGCAGCUCCGAGGGGCCCGUGCUCCUGGCCUACUGCAAGGGCAACUGCGGGGACACCACCUCCGUGUUCUCCCUGGCGGCCGGCGUGAUGGAGCGCAGCUGCAGCUGCUGCCGGGAGCUGCGGGCCUCCCCCCAGAACGUGACCCUGCGCUGCACAGACGGCUCCCGCCGGGCCUUCAGCUACACCCAGGUGGAGGAGUGCGGCUGCGCCGGCCUGCAGUGCGACCCCCGAGGCGGCGACCUCAGCAGCGACCUCGGUCAGGGCCGCACCGAGGGGCCCCCGCGGAGCCAGGACGCCACUCGCCGGCGCUGGAGCCGCCGGGCCCGGGCCUCUCCCGCAGCCUGAUGGGCCGCCCCUCCCGACAGACCCCCCUUCGUCCCCGUUCCCCGAGGUCCAGCCUCCCAGGCAGCAGCCUGAGCCGCGGGCUGGGGGGCCGAGCCCCGAUGCACCGUCCAGCCCCCUUCCCUGUCCAGCGCCCGGGCGGUGGGCGGGGGCUCCUUUGGCCGUGGGUCCAGCCACCCCCCCAGACGUCAGUGUCGCGUGGGGCCCCGUCCGUGCCGGUCACCUGGACCCGCCAUCGGCUGCUGGCCAGCUGCCGGGAGGCAGAGCCCCGCCUCGGCUCCGCCUGGGCCUCGGGAGCGGCCAGCCGUCCCGGAAAUACACGUGGAGCAUUUUGCAA